UUCCUGAAUAGACUUCACUGAAGACCUGAGAGAGCUGCAGACUGGAGGCUCAAAGGGUCAUGAUGAGGUGUGAUGUUAAGAAUUAAUCUCAGGUGUGUUCUGGUGGUCUGGGUGGUCAUCCUGUCAGAGAGUUUAUCUUCAGCAGGUCGUCCGGCCCCUCCCUCUCGCCCUGACUGUUUUAUCCCUUGUAAUGAAAACUGUCAGGUAGAUAUCCACUGCACCUGGGAACCGGGGCUGGACCCUGAGACCCCCGCUAACUACACCCUACACUGGAAGUCAAACCAUUCAGAGCGUCAGCAUGCGUUUCAUGGAACCAGUCUGUACGGUUUAAUCCUUCGUCGACACUUUUCCAGCCACGAUAAUCUUCAUGUUUGGGUCCAGGUGAAGAACCAGCACGGUUCUGUCGAAUCUGGAGAGGCUACGUUCAACACAGCAGAAAUCUUCAAGCCGCCUCCUCCUGAAGUCACAUGGAGUGUUCGGGAGCCGUUAGAGAUUUCCUGGACCUCCAGCUGUGAUCAGCUGCAGCACUCUCUGGGGUCCUGUGAUGUCCGACACCGGACUGGGGCUGGUCAGGACUGGAUCCAGGAGGGGUCUUUUCACGGCAGCUUCACGUUCCACAGUCCUCGGCCCUGCUCGGUCUAUGAAGUUCAGGUCCGCUGUGCCUGUGACUCAGGCUUAAGGAGUAACUGGAGUGGAUCCCUUUGGAAAAGCAGCAUAGGGACAGCACCGGUGGGAGAGCUGGAUGUGUGGAGGGACUGUGGGAUCUCUCCUCAGAGCUCUGACUGUGUUCUCACCUGGAAGGAGCUUCCAGCGUCCCAGGCUUGUGGUCUCAUUCUAGGAUAUGCAGUGAGACUGUCUCACCUGGACAGCUCUGUGGUGUUUGUGAACGUCUCCACAGCUGAGCACAGAGGCCCGUUGGUGUGUGAGGAGAUGAAAUGUUACUUGAACUCCUCUCUGAAGGGCGUGUCAUCAGUCAGCGUGUCGGCCUAUAACGCUCAUGGAGCCAGUGGGCCUUCUCACCUGUCUGUGCCUGUAACAGUUAAAGGGGACAAACAGAAAGGUUUUUACCUGAAGAUGACUGAGGACAACCUCACUGUGUCCUGGAACUUCUCCUCCGUGCUCUCUGAGAACUUGAAGGAAUAUGUGGUUCAGUACAAACUGACAGGAAGUCCCCUGGGCCAAGGACUGGACUGGGUCAGAGUUUCAAACAGCAAUACAUCUGCUUUUUUAAAAGGUCAAUUUAAGAGGUACAAGCCUUACCAAGUGUCCCUCCUGACAGUAUCAUGCAGCAACCUGUCAUCUGGUUCAUCACCUGUCCAGCAUCUGUCAUCAGCAAUUGGAUUUUCCCAUCAGGGCACCCCAUCCAGAGUCCCAUCGUUUAAGGUGCAGUCCAUUGCUGUCAGUGAUGUGACCCUGUCCUGGGAGCCUGUCCCUCUCCUCCAACAGAAUGGGAUCAUCUUGUUCUACCAAAUAGGAGUUAACAGACACAAUGUUUACAACGUGAGUUCAUCCCUGACCUCCAAGCAGCUGAGAGUUCAUCCAGGCCAGGAGUACGAGGUGUGGAUACGAGCCGUGACAGCAGCCGGGCCGGGAGAAAACACCACUGUGACCUUCAACACCAAUCCCCAUGAAGACUAUGUGUACUUUGGCCUGGUCCUGCCCGUGGUCCUGUCCCUGGUCUUGGUUCUGGUCCUGGUGUCUCUGUCCUGCCUUUGUCCAGGAGCAAAAACAACAUGUCCUCUGAUGCGUCAGUGUUUCCUCAAGGUGCCGGAUCCUCGAAACAGCCACAUCUUCAGAAAGGUGAAGAACCAGAUUAAUGACUCCUCAGAUUGGAUCUGCGUCUGUGAGCCACAUCCAAAGAUCUCUCUGUUGGAGGUUGUGGAAAUCCAAUCCUGGGCUUUUAAAUCCAGUCUGAAGAAAACCUCCAACCCUGAAGGAUCCACCAGGCCAGCAGACAGAGACAGAUCUUCCCAGAAGGACCGCACAGAUGAGGAGAGGGAGGACACGGUCACAGGGGAUAGUCAGAGGACAGACAACAAAUACAGAGCAGAGGCAUACAGCAGAAUCAUCGACUCAGACGAGGAGGAAGAGAAGGGGGAAAAGGAGGAGGGGGUGGACUGUUGUAGCUCCUCAAAAGAACUGUUGGAGACGGGUUAUGAGAAGCACUUCAUGCCCACUGCUGAGGAAAUACUGGAAGCUGUGUGAUGGACCGUCCUCUCUCAGGACGGUCCAUCUCUCUUCCCGAGCUUGAUCCUGUUUUCGUUUAUUUCACUCUCAGAUGUCCACGUCUCUUUUCAUGUGUUCCUCAGGUUCUGCUGAUGCUCCAUACUUAGAUUCUGUGUCAAACCACAGAAAAAGUGAAUAAAAUGUACAAAUUCAUGAUGUUGGGAAGAGGAUUAAAAUCUAUGUACAACUGUA